GAGCUUCCCGCUUCACCGCUAUCACGGUUCAGUCUCUACUGACGCUCGUCCAGAAGCCAUGUCUACUAAAAGCUUGAACGAAUCGGAUCCCAAUGACCUUGGAGGACACGAGAAGAACUUGAACUUGAAGGUGUUGGAUGCGGCGGAGGUGGAAGAUAUAGCAGUUCAAGACGGCGUGUCGGCGAUUUACGAGGCGAAGUGUCGACUAAUUAAUGAUUGUCUACAGAACGAAGUCGGCUUCGGAGCAUAUCAGUUUCAGUUAUUCCUACUCACUGGAUUGGGAUGGAUGGCAGACAAUAUCUGGCUUCAAGGCGUCGCCAUCAUCCUUCCCCAGGUUCAACUAGAGCUUAAUCCCGUUCGUGUGGAGUUCGCGACUCUUUCCCUCUAUGUUGGUCUCAUUCUCGGAGCAACUACCUGGGGGAUCCUCGCAGACAUAAUUGGCCGCAAACCAUCUUUCAACAUCACGCUGUUCAUCGCUGGAGUAUUUGGUAUCGCUGCGGGUGGAGCGAACGACUUCACCACACUUGGCGCUCUUAUCGCCUGUUUGGGCUUCGGCGUCGGCGGAAACUUACCAGUCGAUGGCGCACUUUUCCUCGAACAUAUCCCCAAAUCGCAUCAGUGGCUCCUCACCCUCCUCUCAGCAUGGUGGGCUCUCGGUCAACUCUUCGCAUCGCUCGUCGCAUGGCCUUUGAUCACCCACUUCUCGUGCGCUACGGCGGAGACAUGCACGAAAGGGAAUAACAUGGGGUGGCGGUAUACCUUGUACGUUCUCGGAGGCGUAACGUUCGUAAUGUGGAUCCUGCGUUACCUCGUCUUCGACCUCCAAGAAUCAUCGAAAUACCUUAUUGCGAAGGGGCGGGAUGAGGAUGCUAUCCAGGUCCUCCAAAACAUAGCACGAAGGAAUGGCCGAACCAUGAAACUGACCGUCGAGGACCUCCGUGCUGUCGCGGGUGGCGCAUCGGGAGAGAGUUUACGUCCUACGACAUUGGAGAUCAUCAAGAAAUCGGUUUCUGGGUUUAGUUUGUCUCACGUAAAGCCUCUGUUCCAGACGAGACGGUUAGCUGUGAACACGAGUAUCACGAUCAUGCUCUGGGGUCUCAUAGGUCUCGCGUACCCCCUUUUCAACGGCUUUAUAACCCUCUACCUCAACACCCACGUAACCGACGCCGUAUCCUCAACCUCUCUCACCUACCGCAACUACGCAAUCAUCUCCGUCUGUGGUGUCCCAGGAUCCAUCUUAGCAUGCUUGGUGGUAGACUACACACGCAAAGAUAGGGGUGACGGGAAGAAUAGGUUUGCGAUGGGAGGGAGGAAGCUGACGAUGGCGGUUAGCACGGCGUUGACGGGGAUAUUCUUGUUCUUGUUUACGACAAGUACAAAAGAAGCGGAUGUGUUAGGUUUCUCGUGUGCGAGUGGGUUGACACAAAAUGCGAUGUACGGUGUCCUGUAUGCCUACACCCCCGAAGUCUUCCCCGCUCCUCAUCGCGGUACAGGCGAUGCUCUCUGCUCAUCUUUCAACCGUAUCACGGGCAUUCUCGCUCCCGUCAUCAAGAUCGCCACUACACCAGCUUCAGGCACAGGGAGCAGUUCAACUGCGAACGGACCGAUCUUUGUGUCAGCAAGCUUGUUCAUCGCCGCAUCGGCAUUGAUGCUCUUGUUGCCCAUCGAGACUGCAGGCAAGGCUGCGCUAUGA